AUGGCCAGCAACAACCGUGACGACGCUCAGGCGGCUGAAAACAUUCCGAUUGAGCCUAUCGUUAAGGCUCUCCAGGAAAUACUCUCCCAUUCCACAUACGCGUGCGGCGGCUCUCUCAACAGCCCAAUUACAAUCCGCUGGGACUCUUCAACCGCCACCGAGAAGCUGACUCUACCUCUGCAAGUCGACAGCAAGGGUACAGUGGAUAAGUCACUCGCAAAGCUCCUCGAAGGCACUGAACCUGCUGGAUUCGGAUACAAGGGCAAGGACAUCAUCGACGAGUCGUAUCGCAAGGCCUCCAAGCUCGACACCUCUGCCUUCUCCACCAACUUCUGUCCCUAUGAGACCGGCAUCAUCGAUGUUGUUGCGCAAGCGUUACUUCCACUGUCUCCGGAUCAGUCACAGGGUGUUCGAGCAGAGCUCUACAAGUUGAAUGUAUACGGAGCACCGUCAGGUCUGUUCAAGCCACACGUCGAUACGCCACGUUCCGAGAUGCAAUUCGGCUCACUCGUCGUCUGUCUGCCGUGCGCUCACGAAGGAGGCCAGCUCGUUGUCCGCCACAAAGGCCAUACCACUACGUUCGAUUGGUCUGGCGACGCCAACGUUGCACAGUGGGCAGCUUUCUACAGCGACUGUGAGCAUGAGGUCCUCGAAGUCACUGCGGGUCAUCGCAUAACCCUUACAUACAACCUCUUCGUGCGCCGAGGUCUUGGCGAGCUUGCAGGACACGCCGACGCGCUGGAUUUCAAACAGCUGCCGCUCUAUCGCGAGGUGGCGAACGCUUUGAACAGUCCGGAAUUCAUGGCCAAAGGCGGUUACCUCGGAAAGUACUGCGAUCAUGCAUAUGCUCACGCCACCAAGGAGGGCUCGAAGGCUCUACCUGCCCUACUCAAAGGCUCAGAUUUUAUGGCAUAUGAGGUAUUUCGCUCGCUGGGCAUCAAGACGCGCGUUCGUCCCGUACUUUUGACUUCGGGAGAAGACGAAGAAGACGAAGAAGACGACAGGUCGGAGAACCGUACCGAUGAAGAUGACGACCAAAAGCACCUACAAUUCGCGCGUAUCGGCAAGAAGCUCUCAGCCCCCGUCAUGUCAAGUGUUGGUGGCGACGAGGAUGACACUUGGAGCGAGAUCUACGCCCAGUACCCCCACGACAGACUUCAUGUCCGAUGGUUGAAUCGUCAUACUACAACUAAUCUGCAGUUUGGCUUCCUCGCAUACGGCAAUAUGGCAGACAUCAACUACUCCUACAGCUCAUGUGCUCUCAUCUUCGAGAUACCUACUUACCAGGAGCGGUGCAAGAACAACCUGGUGAAGUAG